ACACUUACCACACAACAUUGUGUAUUCUUGUUCCAAACUAAAAAUAAGAUUUCUUUCAUUGCUAAAAACUAUCCUAUUGAAGACAACGACUAUGUCAGUCACGCUGCACACUUCACAUGGCGACAUAAAGGUUGAAAUAUACUGCGAAAGUGUUCCCAAAACUGCAGAGAAUUUUCUUGCCCUUUGUGGCUCGGGCUACUACGAUAAAUCUCCAUUCCACCGCCUCAUCCCCAAGUUCAUGGCACAGACUGGGGCACCCGCAACACCAAAUCCCCCCGAAAACCCCAAAGGCGGACGCAGCAUAUGGGGAGGCGCAUUUGAAGACGAGAUCCGGCCAGCGCUACGACACAGCGCUCGAGGCAUGCUGUCGAUGGCCAAUAAGGGACCUGGGACGAACGGAUCGCAAUUCUUCAUCACGUUUGACAAGACGCCGCAUCUGGACGGACUCAACACUGUGUUUGGACGCGUCAUCGGAGACGAGGGUAAGGCGACAUUGGCCAAGAUGGAAGCUAUCGAGGUGGACCGAAAGAACAGACCCAAGGAGCCAGUUCGUAUCGAAAAUGUAACGAUCCACGCUAACCCGAUCGCUGGCUGAGAUAACGACAACGUCCUUCGUACUUGUCACACCAUGGCAUUACAACAUACCCCCUCAAACGAAGCACUGUACUACCGCUACGGUACACCACUGAAGGAAGACGAAAAUUGCAAACGAUUUAUCACAACAAAGUUCAUUUUGAAGACUAUUCUUUACGAUAUUCUUAAUCUACGCGCGCCAACCAAAACCCCUUGAAAUCUACCGGAAAAUCAAACUACCCCUUCGGAGAGAUAAGAAAGCUUCUACUCUCAAAGUAAGGUGUCAAGAACAACUAGUCUCAAGGCUUAUUGAGUUAUUCUCAACUUACCGAAACCGCUUCAUUGUUCAAGAUAAGGCUCCUAAGUUUCUUGCCUCUCAGAGCUUCUUUAGCUGGGAUCCGUAGACGCUCAUAAUCAUCUUCAAAGCGUCCCCAUUCCAACACUGCGGCUUUUUUCUUACUUUCGAUGCGGUAAGGGACCUCCUCGUCCUUCUGGGUGACAUAGAUCAUGUCGUUCCACCCGGUCAUCUCCAUCUGCCAAAUGAGCUUCAGGAGUUCCGCGUGGCUGCAAGCAUCAAUGUUUCGUGUAGAGCAGGUAACCAGGAAAGGGCCCCUGAAUUUCCGAGCAAGGAGAAAAGCUCGUUGGCUGGGGUGGUAGGCAGGAAGUUCACUGGGUUCACCGCUCUGCCCUACGGUGAUUAUGUCAUGCAGAAAUUUCCACCCUUUCGAACCAUCAUCAACAGUAUCUGGCUGUCGUUCGCGUUGAGCCUCGACGAAUGAUAGAAACAAGAGGGUAAAUUCGCCUUCAUAGUCCCGGUCAGGAUCUGGAGUCAACGUACCUUGGAGAAUCCUUUCGGUCUUGGCCCGUUCGGCAUCAACUGUGCCACUGUAUUUCGGGUCUCCAAGAAGAUCCAAUUUUUCCCUUGUAAAAAUUGAGGAGUCAUAUGGUGAUUCACUGUCCAUGGAUCCUGGCUCGCGCUCUGGAGUGGGAACAUCCUCUUGGCUGCAAGUAACGAAGGAACUGUUGGUGAUGGCCCGUUGACUCAUGGAUGCGUGGGUGUCUUGACGCCUUCGGUCUGCUCUAGUAUCAAGCGUCUUUGGCUUGAACGCAUCUCGCCAUUUUCUCACAUCCUUGAUAUCGAUGUGGAAUAUGCGGUGCCGUGCGUCACUAUUGUCAUUGAAGCAAACCUUGAAGCCAGGGGCAGAGGCCCGGUUGAAUUUAGGAAACAUGCCCACAAAGAACCGAUAGUUCACGGAUCCGUCAGGAGUUCUUGAAGGACACGAGAUCGCUAUGUUACGUUGCGUCUCUUGGGAACUUCUUUAUCGUCUGGACCAGCCUGACGACAUGAACUGGAUUGAAACUGAGACCUUACCGGGAAGUUUGAAGUCGCGUGUAAUGAGGGAAGAAUAACGCGAAGCUCAGGACACUUUAUAUUAUGUGCGGUGACUUCUGCUAGAAAAGGAUAAUUCUUGGGCCAUAUGAACAAUUGCGAAUAAUGAGUGUUAAUCUGAACGCAAGCCCAAUGUGCUUAUGUGGACAAUGGGUGACAACAGGAUCAUAGUUGAACCUACAAUGAACAAAGCUAUAAUACUGCGUGUUAUUUAUGA